CAAGUGUCAACUGUCAAGUUAAAAAAAUAGAAAUUCGUCUAUUUCUUUUGUGUCUGCCUGUGAAUAAUCCAAUUUAAUCCCCAUUAAUAAAAGCGGUUUCAAAAAAUUUAAGAUACAAAAAAUGGCACCAAAAGCUGGUGGUGAUUCUGCGAAGGUUAAUUCUGCUGUCUACAAAGAUAAAAGUAAACCGACAGAUAUACGCCAGAGUAAUAUCAAUGCCGCUAAAGCCGUAUCAGAUGCCAUUCGAACUAGUUUGGGACCCCGUGGUAUGGAUAAGAUGAUCCAAGCAGCCAAUGGGGAAGUGACUAUUACUAAUGAUGGAGCUACUAUCUUGAAGCAAAUUAGUGUUGUCCAUCCUGCAGCCAAAAUGCUGGUUGAGCUGUCCCGUGCACAAGACAUAGAAGCUGGAGAUGGGACUACAUCAGUUGUUGUGAUUGCUGGAGCUUUACUGGAUGCUGCUGAGAAGUUACUGCAGAAGGGUAUACACCCUACAGUGAUAUCUGAUGGCUUCCAAAAAGCCUUGCAACUAGCUUUACAGGUGGUGGAAGGCAUGUCUACUCCUGUGGAUCUGGCAAAUGAAGAUGCUUUACUAAAAGCUGCUGCAACAUCCCUUAAUUCAAAAGUUGUGUCACAACACUCAACUAUUCUAGCACCAAUAGCUGUACAAGCGAUCCGUGCAGUUAUGGACCCUAUACCUGGAGGUGUUGGUGCGCGAGUAGACUUGCGUGAUGUGAAAGUUAUUGAGCGGAUUGGUGGAACCAUAGAAGACACUGAACUGAUCCAAGGGCUGGUCAUCCCUCAUCGUGCUUCUAAUGUAAAUGGUCCUCAUCGCAUAGAAAAGGCUAAAGUUGGACUUAUCCAGUUUUGCAUUUCACCGCCUAAAACUGACAUGGAUCACAAUGUUAUUGUAUCAGACUAUGCUGCAAUGGACCGUGUGCUAAAAGAGGAACGUCAGUACAUUUUAAAUAUUGUCAAGCAGAUUAAAAAAGCUGGUUGUAAUGUUCUGUUAGUGCAGAAAUCAAUCUUAAGAGAUGCUCUUAGUGAUUUGGCUAUUCAUUUCCUUGAUAAGAUAAAAACCAUGGUCAUCAAGGACAUUGAACGUGAAGACAUUGAGUUCGUUUGCAAGACUUUGGGAUGUCGUCCGAUAGCCUCACUUGACCACUUUACAGCAGAAAAUUUGGUAAACGUGGACUUGGUUGAAGAAAUCAAUGAACCUGUUGGAAAGUACAUCAAGUUGAAUUCGACGUAUUAUUACAUCUCCCUGCCUCACAGCUCGCUGCAGAGNUCCAGCGGCGCCGUGGUGGCGGAGGCGGCGCGCUCGCUGCACGACGCGCUGUGCGCCGUGCGCUGCGUGGCGCGCCGGCCCGCGCUGCUGCCCGGCGGCGGCGCGCCAGAGGCGGCGGCCGCGGCCAGCCUCGCGCGCGCCGCCAUCGCCGCGCCCGGCGCCGACCACUACUGCCUGCGCGCCUACGCUGACGCGCUCGAGGUCGUGCCGUCGACCCUCGCCGAGAAUGCUGGGCUGAGCCCCAUCGAGACGGUGACGGAGUUGCGCGCGGCGCACGCGGCGGGCGCGGAGAGCGGCGCGUGGUCGGGCGCGGGCGUCAACGUGCGGCGCGGCCGCGUCACCGACAUGCGCCACGAGCACGUGCUGCAGCCGCUGCACGUCACCGCCUCCGCGCUCGCGCUCGCCACCGAGACCGUGCGCGCCAUACUCAAGAUCGAUGACAUCGUGAAUACAUUGAAUUAACAACUUGAUGACCAUUAUUCUUCUUUUAGCUGAUAGAAAUUUGAAACAGCAUUUAUUGUGUCUUAAUGCUUCCGUCUAAUACUAUCAAUGUAAUAUCUAUAGAUGGAUAGGUGACUGUCUACCAAGGAACAUUAUUAAUUUAAUAUAUUAAUGUCACAAUGUAAGAUAAAUACAUUAAUUUUGUGCUUUUAUUUGAUUAUAUUUCGCACGUAUAUUAUCUGCGGGCUUAAACCUUCACUAAUUAUUAGUUUGUUCGAAAUAAAGUAUUAAUAUCCAAA